CUUUCCUUUUUUGCUUUGUAGCAAAAAAGAGUUUGUACUAAGAUGGCGGAGGAUUCUGAGUAUCGCUGUUUCAUUGGUAACUUGUCAUGGUCAACAUUUUAUCAAAUUCUAAAAGAUGCAUUUCGGAAGUUUGGAAAUCUUGUUGAGGCAAAGGUGGUUGUUGACAAGUUUUCUGGUCGGUCUAAAGGUUUUGGUUUUGUUGCAUUUGAUGAGAAGAAAGCCAUGGAAGAAGUUAUUGAUGCAAUGAAUGGAAUUGAUUUAGAUGGUCGCGCCAUUACGGUUGACAAGGCACAACCUCUAUUAUAG